CCCCACCAUUUCUUUUUCAUUCAUUGAACAAAAUAUUCUCUUUUUUUAUCAAUGGGAAACUGCAACUGUUCAAUGAAAGCAGUGACAACAGAUGCAAGAAAACUAGAUUUAAAUUUUGCUCGUGUUAUGACAGAUUCUGGAGAAAUAUUAAACCUCAAAGGUCCUAAAUUAGUUCGACAAGUCCUAGAUGAAUUCCCAGGUUACAACAUUUUCAGUUCAAAUCGUUUGUCUUGUCCAUUACAUGAUCAAGAAUUACUCGUCGACGGCGAAUUCUAUUAUCUUCUUCGUGUGAUUGAAAAAGAACAAAUAUCAGAAGAAGAAAAGAAAGAGCCAAUUCAAGUUUCUUCGAGUAAUUUGACAAAAGGGUCAGCCAUGGAAGUUUUGCCAGCUCAACGAGAAGGUGUUUGGAGAGUGAAGCUAGUUAUCAAUCCACAGCAAUUAGAGGAAAUAUUAUCAGAGGAAGGGAAUACAAAUGCCUUAAUUGAGCAAAUGAGAAUAGUUGCAACUGCAAAUUCAGCUACAAAGCACAAAAGAAGUACUUCUUGUGGAGUAAAUUGGAAGUCCACUCUUCCUAGUGUAUUUAAGCUGCCCAAUGAAAAGCAGAAUAAAAUACUAGCAUUGGAUCAGUCCUCCACCAGCAGCCCUAAAUGAUAGUAGCUCUUUUGCCUCCGGUGGACCUUACGCGGCACGAAUUUGAAUUGGUCGAACCAGUAAAGUGAAAAGAGAACGAGAUAGAGGAAAGCGGAGUAGCAAAAAUAGGUCUGUUAUAUAGAAGGUAGAUUAGAUUCGACUAUGUACAAGAGUAUAACAAGUGUGCGUAUACAGUAUUUUUCCCGGACUCCAUUUGUAGAAUUACACUGAAUCUGAUGUUGUUGUUGUUAUA